GUCAUCAACUGAGUUCUGCACUAGAAGCAAAAUCAUCUACUGCAGAAUGAAGGGAAGACAUGUCUGAUCUGCUGCCUGUCUUGUUUUGCUGGUAUAUCUAUGCCCCCAGCAUUACUCUUGCCUGGGUUUGCUUAUCUGUGACCUCCAGAGGCCUUGCAGCAGAUAGGAUGCUGUGCUAGACCUGCCAAACCUCUGCUCACAUCUGUGUAUUCCAAACAGCCUGCUUGGGGGGCAUUUCAGUGGCACACAUUGCAGACAGGAGCUGAUGCAGCAGAUCUGUCUCCUCCAAGGCAUGCUUCAGGGCAGGCUGUGUUUCAGGGGUGAUCAGCAGGGAGAAGGAAUUGGCCUGUGAACAACAGACCCUGUCCCAGGACUCCUGGUGGGAUGUACCACAUCUUCUGGCUGAAGGAUCAGAGUUCUGAUGACUAAUGAGAAGAACAGGACUAGAGGAGUUGCAUUUCUCACCUCUGCAACACCUUCAGCUUCUGGGAUGGCUCUGUGAUCUUCAGAGACAUGAUCUGGGAUGUGAUCUUCAGAGACAUCAUGCACAGUGCUGGUGGGAUACAGAGCAGGACUGCACAGCUCUCCUGUUACAGCACAGCUGACAACCCAGCUCCCACUGCACCUUUCCUUCUGCUUUUUGUUGGCCUGUGACUAUUGUCCUGCACACAUUAGUACUUCUUCUGUUACUAAGAACAGACUGUUUUCCUUUGGGCUACUCAUAACUUCCAUGGGUGUUGUGAAUACUGAAAUUUCUAAGAUACUUGUGAAAGUGCUGUGUACCUUGAGCUAGUAAAACAUGAUUAUGUAGCCCUUCCUUUGUAACAUGAGUUCUUCCUCUUAAGGGAAGCCAGAUAAAUGAAGAAGAAGCUAUUGUUUGUUGUUGUUACAAAGGGCUCUUGAGCUAAAUGGGACUUUGGCACUAACCACCAACUGCGUAAUUUCAGGAGUGUGACUGAAAUGGCUGGAAAUCUGUUUUUGCUGCUAAUGAGUACAGUGAAUAAUUGUUGUUUUCAGUUCUUUUUCAAGGCAAGAUAAUAAGAUAGAGAAUGCAUGUGUCAGUGACUGAUUAAGUAUUUGUGGAUUAACUGAUUCCCCCCAAAAUACAGUUACAGAAAAUUCAGUGCAACAUCACAUGUGAGCUAUUGCAGGUUAUGGGUAGCCGAAGUCAUCUCUAUGUGAGUAUUACAUGAGGGAUGGAAAAAAAAAUUGGAAGAUUUGGGGUGUAAGAAGUUGUCUUCAUAAUGUUUGUCCCAAACCAGUGGUUUCCCUGGGAGCAAUAUUAGAAACAUGUGGCAUAUCAACGUUAGCUGAUGGGGUAGUGAAGCAUGGCUAAGCCUCCAGCCAGCUUGUAUCAACCAGGCCAUUCCAGCUUUCAGAAUAUGCCCCACAUUCUUAAAACACCCCUGAGCAUCCCUGAGUGGCAUUAUUCCUUUCUGUGUCUUAGACUCAGAGUUGACUUCCCAUGCUAUGCUGUGUGUAACAGGGCCUGUCCUUUCCCUGUUCAUUUGUGCUGCUUCUGUUUGCAGGAGAACCUGCUGUUACCUGCCAUGCAUGGAAGAUGUAGUUUGUGUAACUCCAUCUGCAGGCUGUACCUGAUGCUCUGUGGCAGCAUGGUCUUGCUGGAAAAAGAAAUGUUAUUUAGAGUUUAGAAGUAUUCCCAGCUGGACAGAAAGCACUUGAAUCUGCUUGGAUCAUGCAGAAGAGAAAGCAUUCCUGGGCAGCCUUUGUGGGAGGAGGCAACAAGAAGGGGGAGAAAAUGGCUGGGGAAAAUGCAAGAAUACUGCCCAAGGCCACACAGGAGGAGAGAAAGAAGCAGGAGGCAAAAAGGAAAGGGAAAUUGAAAACCUUGGCAGGCAAAUUGCUGAAGACUGUGGUUGGUGGGAAGGAAACAGUGGAGAAGGCUGGUGCUGAGGAUGUGGCAGGGAAUUUGCUGAAGAGGCCAAGCAGUAGGAAAGGAGUGGAGAGAGGGACGCCUGCAGAGGAAACUAUCUGCAGAUUUAUUGAGCAAGGAAAAUUUUUGGAAGCUUGUGAACAAAUUCAUAAUCUGGAGCAUUCUGGAAAUGAUGGUUUGAGAAAGUCUGAAUCACUUUAUGUGCUGCUGGCUGAACGAAUGUGGACUGUAGUGGGAGAAGCACUCAGUGGAAGUGAUAGGAUGGUCCUGGAGCCAUUACAGUCAAUGGGGGAAUCACUGAAGUGGGAGAAGCAGAAGGAAGCAGAGCGGCUUGGCAACGGCCUAGAGACAGAUCCUGUUUCCACCUGGAGCCCAAACUUCUGGAGAAAAGAUCUGGAGGAAAAGCUAAUUCAGUACAUGACAGCCCAGAUUCCCCCGUUUGCUUCCUCUAGUGACACAGAUGAGACUGCACUAAACCAGCACCUGAGUCAGCUGGAAAGGACGUUUCUCCCCAGCCUGGAGCACAGCAGUGAUGCCUUCAGGGACGCAGGGCUGCUCCUCACCUACUCCCGCUGCUGUCACGCCUCUUUGUGUUCUCACCUUGCCACACUUACUGACAGCAACUGUUUCAGCUUCAGCCAAAGCCUUUUAAUUUAUGGAUGGAGCAUUAAAAUGUACAAAAGAGGCAGCCAGGCAUGUGUGAGACCCGAGCACAGCCUCUCCCUUGGUGCACAGUGCCUCGUGUGGAUUCUUUUGAAGACUGAGGAAAAGUUACUUGCAACUGCACGGAAGGAAGUGGGGAAAGCACUGAAAGGAGCCUUUGAUCUUGGGAAACCCCCUUGUGCAGACACCACAGUCAUUGAGAACUGUCUGGCAUAAGCUAACAUACAUUUGCAGUGUCAGCACUGAUCAGAAUGUUAAGGUAAAUGGAUUUCUACACAGGAUGGAAGAUGAUAUUAUGGAGCAUUUUCUGCAGACCAUCACUUCUAAAGUCAAGGGAACACUGAAGGACCACUUCAAAAAGUGUGACAGUGGUUUUGACCACAUCCUUGAGUCCUUAAAGCAAAACUUUUUGACCUUUGGGAAGAAAAACACAGAUACCUAUGAGGU